UAUAUAUACAAGCCGCCCUUGGCUGUGAGUGUAGAGGCCAAAACAAGGGUAGAGAAGGGAAGAUGGAAAAGAGCAAGGUUCUUGUGGUGGGUGGCACAGGCUACAUUGGAAGGAGGAUGGUGGAGGCAAGCUUAGCCCAAGGCCAUCCCACCUUUGUCCUUCAACGCCCGGAGAUCGGUAUGGACAUCGAGAAACUGCAGAUGCUGCUGUCCUUCAAGGCCAAAGGGGCUACCCUUGUGGAGGGCUCCUUUGCAGAUCAUAAGAGUCUGGUGGAAGCAGUGAAGAAAGUAGAUGUGGUGAUCUGCACCAUGUCUGGGGUUCAUUUCAGGAGUCACAACCUUUUGAUGCAGCUCAAACUUGUUGAGGCCAUCAAAGAAGCUGGAAACAUUAAGCGAUUCCUGCCUUCAGAGUUUGGAAUGGAUCCAGCAAGAAUGGAAGAUGCACUUGAACCAGGAAGAGUGACAUUUGAUGAGAAGAUGGUUGUGAGGAAGGCCAUAGAAGAAGCCAACAUCCCCCACACCUAUGUGUCUUCCAACUGCUUUGCAGCCUAUUUUGUUCCUAACUGCUCCCAACUUGGCACCCUCACUCCCCCAAAAGAAAAAGUUUCAUUAUACGGAGACGGCAACGUCAAAGCUGUUUUUGUGGACGAAGAUGAUGUUGCAGCAUACACGAUCAAAGCAAUAGAUGAUCCUCGUACACUGAACAAGACAGUCUACGUUAGGCCACCAGAAAACAUUCUCUCCCAGAGACAGAUAAUCGAGAUGUGGGAAAAGCUUACAGGGAAGAAACUAGACAAGUCUAGCAUCUCUGCAGAAGAAUUCCUUGCCUCCAUCAAAGGUCUUGACUAUGCCGGCCAAGUUGGAGUAGGACAUUUCUAUCACAUUUACUAUGAAGGUUGUUUAACAAACUUUGAAAUAGGGGAAGAGGGAGAAGAAGCUUCAAAGCUCUACCCAGAGGUUGACUACAUAAGGAUGGAUGAAUACCUGAAACGUUAUCUAUAAGAAGUGUGUAGCUAGCUUUGUCCACCUAAUUUCGCCAUAUAUGUCACAAGUUAUAAUUCUUUUUGAGGAACUACAAUUGAAUCAAACAUAUAUGUAACACCCGACUCAUGCAUGCCAUGCAGGAAUUUGAGGGUAACGAAAGCUUUGGAAAAGUUCUUUUUGAAUAAGCCAACAGCCAUGGCCAACUUAUUCGUGUUGA